AUGCCGGGGGAGAAGAAGAUGUUGAAGAAAUUGCACGUGGCGGCGACGCGCGCGACGCGAGCGCGACGGGACGGGUUCGACGCCAACGAUGCGAGGCGAGAGAUGGAGCGCGUCGUUCGCGAGGGUAAAUCAUUGACGAUCGUGUGUAGUAAACGCGCGUGCGUGGCGAGAGGUCAAGGGAGAGUGAUACGCGCGUUGGCGGCGGCGCUCGGGACGACGUUCCGACCGACGCGAGCGGGCAAACGCGCGGCUUUUGUCAUCGAACGCGUCGAUGGGACGAGCGAUGUUCCGCCGGUGGUGAGCGAGGAGCUUUUGAAAUCGCUAUGUGCGGAGCCGAUGACGCGAGACGAGUAUUUGAUGAGCGACGAACGCAGAGCGCGUUUAGAGAAGCGCGCGGAAGCGUCGCGCAGAGCGAACAAAGGCAAAAAGAAGAAAGAUCGCGGGCGACGAUGGAACCGUAAAAGUGACGAGGAAGACACAACGCGCGAUAUCGUAGAAUUUACUCGCGCGACGGAGGACGAGGCGACGUUCGAUGAGGACGCCGCGAGGCGCGCGCCGUCGCCUUUAUCGGGAGCGUUCGCCGCGUUCGAGGCGCACACGCGCGGCAUCGGCAGUCGCUUGCUCACCGCGAUGGGGUUCACGCGAGGUUCGGGUUUAGGUCGAGAUAAUCAAGGCAUCGCCGAGGCACCGCGCGCGGAGUCGAGAGCGAAGCGCGCCGGUCUCGGCGCCGAGUGA